AUGUAACAUGAUUCGGCAACCUUAAAAUUGAUAAAACAAGACUUUAACUAGCAAUUUGAAGAAAAAAUUCAUAAUUUUCAAGAAUAGAUCAAUAAGUAAUUUAAGUUUUCUUGUCUUUUUUGUUUUAUAAUUGUUGUAAUCUUUCUUGGGAACUUUAAUGAUUCGGAGUCAAAUCACAUUAAAUUACACUUUUGCUAUAAUGUAUGGAUAACUUCAUUAUUCAUUUUGCACUUGCUAAAAGCAAUACUAAUCAACCAAUAGAUUCGGCUCAUCAAUGAAAACCAUAUAAUAAUUGCACUUUGGAAAAAUGUAAUUUAAAAGUAGGAAAAUGACUUAGAACUUUAAGAUUUGACUGGGAUUGAGAAUUAGACAUCAGUCAAUGAGAUAACCCAUAUAAAUGAAGGAAUUUUAUUUCCAGAAUUACUUACUAAGUUAGAUUUUAGUCAAUAAAUUUUCCAAACAAUUGAACACUUAUUAGACUUUAUUCUUUUACUUUCUGCAAUUUUGAUAUUGAUAAUAAAUUGUUAAUAAAAUUCUUUUUAGAUUGACGAAUUAAUAAUAAUGAUUGGAUUUGUUGGAUUUUCAAUCAAAAGAAAUAUUUAGUAUAUAAAAAAAUAUUCAUACAUUUUAAUCACGCCAAUUUUGUUUCCGUUUAUCGUAAUAUUAAUAUCAAUAGGAAAAUUAGCUAAGCGAUUUAAUCGACAUAUUCUCUAAAAGCGAUUAAGGAAGAAGUCAAUGGUUUCUGAUUAAAUUUAUGAAAAUUGCUAAUUAUGUUAACAUCCAAUUUAGAUCAAAGAAUGCAUUAUCCAAUUAGAAUGCAAGGCUAACCAUGCAUUUCAUUAUGAGUGCAUAAUAAAUCACAUACAGCAUUCUUUUGUCUGCCCUGUAUGCAGCAUGUUAAUAAAAUGA